UCUCAUGCCGAAAAUCAAUCGAUCAUUAUUAAGAUUUAAAACCAAGAACAACACACGAACUAGUUCUUAUGUUUCUUUCUUACAUGAUUUUCCACCGCUUGGAUUGUUUCUCUGAUCUCUGAACAAGUUAUGGCUGCCAAUUUCUGGACAUCAUCUCAUUACAAGCACCUUCUGGAUCAAGAAGAUGUAGAUAUGGUGAAUCCACUUGACAAAGAAAAGGGUGUCACAGUUGAGGAUUUUAAGCUCAUUAAGAUGCACAUGUCUAAUUAUAUUCUGAAGUUGGCUCAACAAGUAAAAGUGAGGCAGAGGGUUGUUGCUACAGCAGUUACUUAUAUGAGGCGUGUUUACACAAGGAAGAGUAUGACAGAAUAUGAUCCACGCCUGGUAGCUCCAACCUGCUUGUAUCUGGCAUCAAAAGCAGAAGAAAGCACAGUGCAGGCUAGGCUGCUUGUAUUUUACAUUAAGAAAUUAUAUGCCGAUGAUAAGUAUAGGUAUGAAAUCAAGGACAUACUUGAAAUGGAAAUGAAGAUUUUAGAAGCAUUGAACUAUUACCUGGUUGUAUUCCACCCAUACCGUUCCCUCUCCGGGUUUCUUCAAGAUGCGGGUUUGAACGAUUUAAGCAUGACUCAACUAACUUGGGGGCUUGUUAAUGACACAUACAAGAUGGACCUAAUGCUUGUACAUCCACCACAUCUGAUUGCCUUAGCUUGCAUAUACAUUGCUAGUGUUCUAAGGGAGAAAGACACCACUGUUUGGUAUGAAGAACUUCGAGUUGAUAUGAAUGUGAUUAAGAACAUAUCAAUGGAGAUACUUGAUUUUUAUGAAAGCAACAGAAUGUUCACUGAUGAGAGAAUCAAUGCUGCUCUCCACAAGCUAUGAUCUUGAGCCCUGAAAAGUGUUGUUGUGGAAUAUGUAGAACUGGAUGAAAAAAGUAAUAUGAUUCUUGAUGAGGAAAGCAAGAUUCCUACUUAGUUUGUUUAUCUAUUUAUAAGUUCCCAAUAUUUGUGUCUCAAGUAGAAUUCCAUGUUUUUAUUUGAGUUUGGCUUGGUGCGUGCGUGAAUAUUAACGCUUAACGGUCGACAUCAUAUGGUCUAAUUGAGGUUCUGAUACCAUAAUAGAGUUUGGUUUAAGCUUUAUCGUUUA